UCCUAUAGUGAUGAUUUCAUCAAGUAAACACCAUAAAAUUUCAGCAGAGAUGAUAUUCAGAGUGAUAGUCUGCCGCUGCUUGUAGAAUUUUAUUCACUAUGAUGUAGUCAUUGCCAGAUGUUAACACCAGAAUGGAAGAAAGCAGCAACUGUUUUGAGAGAUGUUAAAGUCAGGGCAGUAGAUGCAGGUAGACAUCAGUCCCUGGGAGAUCAGUAUGGUGUCCAGGGAUUUCCUACGAUCAAGAUUUUUGGAGCUAGCAAAACCAAACCAGAAUAUUACCAGGGUGGCAGGACUAGAGAAGCCACUGUAGAUGUGGCCCUCAGUGCCUUGCACCAGCUCCUGAAGGAUUGCCUCGGUAGGCACAGUAGUGUGUACUGUUCUGGAAAGCAGGUCAAAGGUGAUAGUUCUUGUAAGAAGGACAUGGUAGAGCUGACAGAUGACACCUUUGAUUAUAAUGUCCUUGUGGUGAAGACGCUUGUGUGGUUGGAUUUUAUGUUCCAUGGUGUGGACAUAAACUUGGAGCCAGAAUGGUGGUAAAGUGGUAAAGGAACAAACAAAUGAAACGCUGAAACUGGUAACCAUAGAUGCCACCAUGAAUCAGUCUUUUGCCAGCCAAUGCAGGAUUAAAGAAUUCCUACAAUCAAGAUAUUUUAGAAAAUCAAGUCUUCUGUGGACUGUGAUGGUGGACGGACAAUAUCUGACAUAGUGUCAAGGACCCUGAAUUUUUUCUCUGAUAAUGUUCCAACUCCCGAGGUGCUUGAGAUAAUCAACAAAGACAUAGCCAAGAAGAUAUGCAAGGAGCACUAGCUUUGUGUCGUGGCCAUGCUGCCUCACAUCCUGGGCACCGGAGCUGCAGGCAGAAACUCUUACUUGGAGGUUCUUCUGAAACUGGCUGAUAAGUACAAGAAGGAAAUGUGGGGGUGGCUGUGGACAGAAGCUGGAGCCCAGUAUGAACUGGAGAACGCACUAGAGGUUGGAGGGUUUGGACAUCCUGUAAUGAUAGCCAUCAACGCAUGCAAGACACAGCUUGCUCUUCACAAAGGGUCUUUCAGUGAACAAGGCGUCAAUGAGUUUCUCAGGGAACUGUCGUAUGGUCAUGGCUCCACAGCACCUGUGAGGUGUGGUUCUUUCCCUACCAUCAUCACCAGGGAGCCCUGGGAUGGCAAGGAUGGUGAGCUUCUUGUGGAGGGUAUCAUUGACCUCAAUGAUGUGGAACUCG